AUGUUUGCAGGUGAAGUUGUCACAUUCACAAAAAUUACUGUUGUUCUUUUUGUUGUCGCUGUUAUGGGCACAUAUGUUGGCUUUUUGCCAGUGACUUCAGUAGUCGUGAUUUUUCUGGUAGUAGUACUCGAAGUCCUUUCAGUUGUUGGCGUUGUUGUCGUUUUUAGCCACCAAGGGAUAGUAGUUGUGGUAGUUGUAGUCUUUGUGGUACUUUUUGAAGUUGUGGUUGGUAUAGUAGAAGUUGGGGUAGUAGAUGUUUCCGUAGUCGAUGUUUCCACAGUCGAUGUUUCUGUUGUACUGGUUUCCGUUGAUGUGCUUGUACUGGUGGUUGUUGGUAUGGUUGUCGUGGUGGUCGUGCUUGUCGUAGUACUCUCUUCGGUCGUAGUUGGAGUAGUCGUAGUCGUCAAACUUGUAGUUGAAGGGGUUUGUGAUGAAGUAGUAGUUUUAGCAGUACUACUAGUUACCGUAGUUGUGGAAAGUGUAGUAGUCUUUGGCGAUGUGGUUGUUGUGACAGUACUGCUUGGCGAUGAGGUAGAUGUUGCUCUCCUACUUGUUGCAGAAGUAAUCCACGGUUUCGGUCCCGAACUGGUGGUUGUGGGAUACGUUCCUUUAGUUGCAGAAGAGGUAAUAGUACUGGUAGUAAUUCUGGUUGUCCCACUCGUGGCAGCAGACGUGGGAAUAAUGGCUUUUAUUGUAGAGGUCAAAUUUGUUAUUCUCGUCUGUCCAGAGGUUAUCUCCGACACUUUGGAAAGUGGUUGCAUUUUAGUUGUCGUAUUUGUAGCAAAUAGUUUUGCGGAGGUCUCAUCGCUUUUUGUUCCACUAGUAAGAGAAAAUGACUUCGUUGAUUCAUUUUUGCCGUUAGUAAAUUUCUGUGCAUGA